UUGUAAUCUGUAUAGAUUUAUCUUCCUCCUUAACUGUUGAAGGUAUCAAAACAAAAUAGAGAAUAUUUGGCUUCCUGAAUGGCACGGCUGCAGUUAACAUGCUGAGUUGGUGAUGAAGCAGGAUUCCUUGAUUUUGCAAUACCAGAGCAGAGCACAUAAUUUUAAAGGAAUUGAAACCAUGGCUGUGUGGAUACAAGCCCAGCAGCUCCAAGGCGACGCGCUUCAUCAGAUGCAAGCAUUAUAUGGUCAGCAUUUCCCCAUUGAGGUGCGACAUUAUUUAUCCCAAUGGAUUGAAAGCCAAGCGUGGGACUCAAUAGAUCUUGAUAAUCCACAGGAGAACAUUAAGGCCACCCAGCUCCUGGAGGGCCUGGUGCAGGAGCUGCAGAAGAAGGCAGAGCACCAAGUCGGGGAAGAUGGGUUCUUGCUGAAGAUCAAGCUGGGGCACUAUGCCACGCAGCUCCAGAACACGUACGACCGCUGCCCCAUGGAGCUGGUCCGCUGCAUCCGACACAUUCUGUACAAUGAACAGAGGCUGGUGCGAGAAGCCAACAACGGUACUUCUCCAGUUGGAAGUCUUGCUGACGCCAUGUCCCAGAAGCACCUCCAGAUCAACCAGACGUUUGAGGAGCUGCGACUGGUCACCCAGGACACGGAGAACGAGCUGAAGAAGCUGCAGCAGACUCAAGAGUACUUCAUCAUCCAGUAUCAGGAGAGCCUGAGGAUCCAGGGUGAGGCCCCGGCAGUGUGUCACGAGGGCGCCACCAUCAUCAGCGAGCAGCAGGCCAAGUCGCUGCUCAAGAACGAGAACACCCGCAAUGACUACAGUGGCGAGAUCUUGAACAACUGCUGUGUGAUGGAGUAUCACCAGGCCACCGGCACCCUCAGCGCGCACUUCAGGAACAUGUCCCUGAAACGAAUUAAGAGAUCUGACCGUCGUGGAGCAGAGUCAGUGACAGAAGAAAAAUUUACAAUCCUGUUUGAAUCACAGUUCAGUGUUGGUGGAAAUGAGCUGGUUUUUCAAGUCAAGACCCUGUCCCUCCCAGUGGUGGUGAUCGUUCAUGGUAGCCAGGACAACAACGCGACGGCCACCGUUCUCUGGGACAAUGCUUUUGCAGAGCCUGGCAGGGUGCCAUUCGCUGUGCCCGACAAAGUGCUGUGGCCGCAGCUGUGUGAGGCGCUCAACAUGAAAUUCAAGGCUGAAGUGCAGAGCAACCGGGGCCUGACCAAGGAGAACCUCGUGUUCCUGGCACAGAAACUGUUCAACAGCAGCACCAGCCACCUUGAAGACUAUAAUGGCAUGUCCGUGUCCUGGUCCCAGUUCAACAGGGAGAAUUUACCAGGACGAAAUUACACGUUCUGGCAGUGGUUCGAUGGUGUGAUGGAAGUGUUAAAAAAACAUCUCAAGCCUCAUUGGAAUGAUGGGGCUAUUUUGGGUUUUGUGAACAAGCAACAGGCCCAUGACCUACUCAUUAACAAGCCUGAUGGGACCUUCCUGUUGAGAUUCAGCGACUCUGAAAUUGGUGGCAUCACCAUUGCUUGGAAGUUUGAUUCUCAGGAAAGAAUGUUUUGGAACCUGAUGCCCUUUACCACCAGAGACUUCUCCAUCCGGUCCCUGGCUGACCGCUUAGGGGACCUGAAUUACCUUAUCUAUGUGUUUCCUGAUCGGCCAAAAGAUGAAGUGUACUCCAAGUAUUACACACCAGUUCCAUGCGAGCCUGCCGCCGCUAAAGCGGUGGAUGGAUACGUGAAGCCGCAGAUCAAGCAAGUGGUCCCUGAGUUUGUGAGCGUGUCUGCGGACUCUGCUGGGGCCAGCGCCACCUACAUGGACCAGGCCCCCUCCCCGGCCGUGUGCCCCCAGGCUCAUUAUAACAUGUACCCCCAGAACCCUGACCCUGUCCUUGACAACGAUGGGGACUUUGAUCUGGACGACACAAUGGAUGUGGCCCGGCGUGUGGAGGAGCUCCUCGGCCGACCAAUGGACAGCCAGUGGAUCCCUCACGCGCAGUCGUGACCCCCGUCUGUCUUCAGCUUCUUCCUCCUCGCCAGAGGAGUUACUCUUGUGGAUGUUUUAAUUCCAUGAAUCGCUUCUCUUUGGAAACAAUACUCAUAAUGUGAAGUGUUACUACUAG